AUGAUCGGCCUGGAGAAAAGAAGGCUCCGGGGAGACCUUAUAGCAACCUUCCAGUACUUGAAGCAGGCCUACAGGAAAGGCUGGUUUGCAAAACCUACAGGAAACAAGACAUCUGUGACUCCUCAUGAGGAGAUGAAGGCAGCAUUUAUGGCUGAAAUGAAAGCUGAAAACAUCAAGCAGUUUCUUUACAAUUUUACACAGCUUCCUCACCUAGCAGGAACAAAGGAGAAUCUGCAUCUGGCACAGCAAGUCCAAGCUGAGUGGAAAGAGUUUGGUUUGGAUUCUGUUCAGCUGGUUCAUUAUGAUGUCUUGCUCUCUUAUCCUGAUGACACUAAGCCCAACUACAUCUCAAUAACUGAUGAGCAUGGAUAUGAGAUUUACAACACAUCACUAGCUGAACCUCCUCCUCCAGGAUAUGAGGCGGUUCGAAAUGUGGUGCCACCCUACAGUGCGUUUUCAGCUCAAGGAAUGCCUGAGGGUGAGUUAGUGUAUGUGAAUUAUGGCCGCACCGAGGACUUCUUUAAGCUAGAACGUGAAAUGGGAAUUAACUGUACAGGAAAGAUUGUUAUUGCCAGAUAUGGGAAGAUCUUCAGAGGAAAUAAGGUGAAGAAUGCUGAAUUGGCAGGUGCCAAGGGAGUUAUUCUGUACUCCGACCCUGCUGACUACUGUGCCCCAGGAGUAGAUCCCUAUCCAAAUGGAUGGAACCUUCCAGGCGGAGGAGCCCAGCGUGGAAAUGUAUUAAACCUCAAUGGAGCAGGGGAUCCUCUGACACCAGGUUAUCCUGCAAAAGAAUACACCUACCGAUUAGACAAAGCCAGUGGUGUAGGUCUCCCAAAAAUUCCAGUUCAUCCCAUUGGCUAUCAUGAUGCUGAGUCAUUACUGCGUCAUAUGGGAGGAUAUGCACCACCGCAUAGUAGCUGGAAAGGAAAUUUAAAUGUAUCUUACAACGUGGGUCCUGGUUUCACAACAAAUUAUUCUACAAGAAAGGUGAAAAUGCACAUUCAUAGCAACAAUGAAGUAAGGAGGAUUUACAAUGUGAUUGGUACCAUCAGAGGCACAGUGGAACCAGACAGAUAUGUUAUCCUGGGAGGCCACCGUGACUCAUGGGUAUUUGGUGGCAUUGAUCCUCAGAGUGGGGCAGCUGUGGUUCAUGAGAUUGUGAGGAGCUUUGGAAAACUGAAAAGCGAAGGAUGGAGGCCAAGGAGAACAGUGAUAUUUGCAAGCUGGGAUGCAGAGGAAUUUGGUUUGUUAGGAUCGACAGAGUGGGCUGAGGAAAAUGCCAAAGUAUUGCAAGCACGAGGAGUGGCUUAUAUCAAUGCAGAUUCCUCCAUCGAAGGAAACUACACACUACGAGUGGAUUGCACACCACUGAUGUACAGACUGGUGUACAGUCUGACUAAAGAGAUACCAAGUCCCGAUGAGGGGUUCGAAGGAAAAUCUCUUUAUGAGAGCUGGUAUAAAAAAAAUCCAUCAAGAGAAUAUAAAGACGUCCCCAGAAUAAAUAAACUGGGUUCUGGCAAUGACUUUGAAGUCUUUUUUCAACGUCUUGGCAUUGCUUCAGGCAGAGCACGUUACAGUAAAAAUUGGAAUGUAGAAAAAUAUAGCAGCUACCCAGUUUACCACAGUGUCUAUGAAACCUAUGAAAUUGUGGAGAGGUUUUAUGAUCCCACUUUCAAGAAUCAUCUGACAGUAGCUCAGGUACGGGGAGGGCUGGUGUUUGAAUUGGCCAACUCCAUUGUGCUUCCUUUUGACUGUAGAGAUUAUGCAUCAGCUGUGAGCAACUAUGCUCACAUCAUCUAUAAUUUGUCAAGGAAUCAUGAAGAGGAACUGGCAACAUACAACGUAUCCUUUGGUGCUCUCUUUUCAGCUGUGAAGAAUUUUACAGAAAUUGCUGCUAGCUUUCAUGAGAGACUGCAACAAAUAGAUAUCAAUAACCUACUUGCUGUCAGGUCACUAAAUGAUCAGCUGAUGUUUCUAGAAAGGGCUUUCAUUGAUCCUCCUGGGUUACCUGGCAGGCCAUUCUAUAGACAUGUCAUCUUUGCUCCAAGCAGCCAUAACAAGUAUGCAGGAGAAUCAUUCCCAGGGAUCUAUGAUGCCAUAUUUGACAUUAAAAACAAAGCUGAUCAACAUGAAGCCUGGGAAGAAGUUAAGAGGCAGAUUUCCAUUGCAGCCUUCACUGUACAGGCAGCAGCAGAAACACUGAAAGAAGUAGCGUGA